CACAAUAAUGAAUUAAAAAAAGAAAGAAAGAAGAAUUAUAAGGAAAAAAAUAUUAGAAAAUCGGAAAAAAAGAGAAACGAAAUAAUGAUGAUGAUAAUAAUAAUAACGAAAUAAAUCCUAAUCAUCAUCAAAACCACACCGAUAACAAAUCUUAUAAUUAAAACAAAAUAAGAUAAAGUUAAUGAUAACAACAGAUAUCAGAACGGCAAAAGACCACUAGAUUAAAAUACCUCCCCCCCUUCUCAUAGCCCCCCCCCGCACCCCCCCCUACUCAUCUCAACUACAACAAUAUACCUCCCAAAAAAACACCAUAAGAUGCUAAGAGGCGACCUGACACGCCGCGCGGUAUGGUGUUGGUGGUGGUGGCGAUGGUGGGUGCUCGCUGUCCUGGCCGCCACCAUCACGGGCUCGCAGGGUUUCAGCAGCACCUACUCCGCCAGCUACAGUAAAAAUGUGACUCGGCUCCUGGAUAGUCUCCUGGCGGACUACGAUCGCAGGAUUCGGCCGGGCUACGGAGUCCUACGCCAUGCAGUUGUACCUCCGCCAAGUCUGGUUCGACCCCCGACUUCGCUUCAACAGGACGGACCUCGUGAAGCGCGAAUUCUCGAUGAACUGGAUGUUCGCCGCCCGCCUGUGGAAGCCGGACACCUUCUUUAUCAACGGGAAAAAUUCCUACGCCCACAAGAUCACCGCGCCCAACAUGUUCAUCAGAUUGCAGCACGAUGGCCAGAUCACGUGGUCGCUAAGAUUAACGGUUCGAGCCAGCUGUAAAAUGCAUCUUCGGAAAUUCCCUUUGGAUACGCAGCUGUGUCCUCUAAGCUUAGCAUCUUACGGGUACAACGCCACAGACAUAGUGUACAAGUGGGCGCCCCAGCUGGUGACCGUAGACAGUGACGUCAGUAUUGCCCAGUAUGAGUUGGUGAAAAUUACAACCAAUUCAACCAAAGUCACCGUCAGGAGAAAAGAAAAUAGGGAACCAGAGGAGAUCUCAAUUCUCAGCGUGAAGUUCCACCUGAAGAGGCUAACGGGCUUCUUCCUUCUACAAGUGUACGUUCCAUGUAUCCUGAUCGUGUGCUGUUCGUGGGUCGCCUUCUGGAUCACGAAGAAGGAUGUUCCUGGCCGCGUCUGUCUCGGUGGAACUACAGUGCUUUCACUAACCAAGAUCGGUUUCGGAGGCAAGUCGACCAUGCCCAAAGUGUCGUACCCGACGUCCUUAGAUUACUUCGUGAUCCUGUGCUUUGCUUUCGUCUUCGGAGCCAUCGUGGAGUACACCGUGAUGCACUUCCUCGAGAGGGCGACCAACAAGCGUCGCAAGGCCAUGGAGCAGCACCAGAAGGAGGUUGAGGAGAGAACUCGAGCGUCCGAGGUCCAGGGAAAGCAAAGGGCCGCCGAGAAGGACGCCACGAUGCUGGUGACGACGACGGUCAAGGAGGACGGCGUGGACAUCGGCUCGUCGCUGCGGGAGACGCUGAAGGUGCCGCUGACGGUGGUGCCCCUCGGAGUGAGCGCCAUCGACGAGGAGCAGGAGGACGAGGGCGGCGCCAAGCAGGCGGGCUCGCCCACGUCAUCGAGGGCGGGCGACGGGUCGCCGCUCGACACCAAGUCCCCGCUGAAGGAGGCGCUGAAGCUACCGCUCAGCGUGGUGCCGGGGAGCCUGGAGGCCGUGAAGCAGGGCGGCGAGGGAGACGGCGACGGGCUGCGGGCGCGCAACGUGUCGGCGGCCAAGCGGGAGAGUGAGGACCCCGACAGCGGGGCCGAAGGCGACCGCAGCGUGGUGAGCGCGGAGGCUGACGCGGUGGUGGCGGCGGGGCGCCCGGGCGAGGGCUGGGUGUCAGCCAGCGACAGCUGCAGCGUCAGCAGCAAGAGCAGUCUGUUCCGGCUGCGGAGGGACGCGUCGGCGGCCGCCAAGAAGGAGCGGCUGGACAGCGAGAGCGACCUGACGGUGAUCAAGGUGGACAUCCAGGCGGACGAGGAGGAGGAGGAGCCGCCGCCGCCGCGCCCCUACACCGUGUGGCAGAUCCUGACGUGGAAGCGGAAGAUCAUGGCCGAGAUGUCACCGGCCAACAUCAUCCCGUCGGAGGAGGACGUCCUCGACCGCUUCUCCAUCAUCGACCUGUACGCCCGCAGGAUCUUCCCGACGGCGUUCUUCAUCCUGUUCACCGUGUACUGGGUCAUGUUCAAUUAUUACAUAACGGACGAGUUCCCCCACGAAACCAAAGAGCCCUCGGACGGCCUCGUGGUCGUGUAGAAAACGGGAAGAGAUGCAGGAACCAAUGACUCAGAAAGAAAGAAAAGAAAGAAAGAAAAAAAUAAAAACGGAAAAUACAUGAAAGAAAUCAUUUUAAAAAGAGAGAAAGAGAAAGAGACACAUGGAGGGAGGCACAUAUUGAAAAAAAAGUGAAGAUAGAAGAAUAAAAUAAUAAAUCUCCACAUAUUAUAUGCCAGUGUGAAAUGAACCACUCAAAUGAAUUAAAAUAAAUUAAUAAUGAAAAAUAAAAAAAGGGGGAAUGACAAUAAUAACAAUUGGACCUCAGUAUCUCGUGAGGACAAGUUUGAAACAUGUUUGAGACACAGUGACAGCCCCCCCCCCCCCUUUCUCCCUCCAUCGACAGUGAUCAGAAAGAACUGAUUUUGAGAUGAAUUUGUGACAUGUAAAAUGUUCGUAGUUUUAAGUUUGAGUGAAUCAUGUGCCUGUGAGAAUGAGAAAGAGAGAGAGAGAGAGAGAGAGAGAGAGAGAGAGAGAGAGAGAGAGAGAGAGAGAGAGAGAGAGAGAGAGAAAUUUGAUUUGUUUCGGGGUAAGGUUUAUUAUCAGUCAUAGGCAGAGAAUAACAUAUGUUUAGAUAUUGAAAUUAUAAUGAGAAAGUAGAUUAUGGUAUAUUUACAGUAUGAACAAUAUUAACAAUUGUGGAUUAAAUUUUUGAGAAUUUUGAUAGUUGAAAAGCAGGGAACUAUUUGUGAAUAUCAGGAACAUAAAUUACUAAUAAAAGUAUAUAUAUAUGCAUAUAUAUAUAUAUAUAUAUAUAUAUAUAUAUAUAUAUAUAUAUAUGAUAGUUUCACGAUUUUUACACUCAGUCUGUAGCCUAUUACGUAAUUUUUAUGAAUGCACAAGUGUAUUAUGUUUUUCGUUUACUUGAAGACAGUAGGCAAUAUUUCAUAUGCCAAAUCUUUUACUGAUGUAUUUUCUGUAGAGAGAAAAAAGGAUUAUAUAUAUACAUACAUGUAUUUAUAUACAUAUAUAUACAUAUAUAUACAUAUAUAUACAUGUAUAUACAUAUAUAUACAUAUA